AUGGACAACAUCGACGUUCUUCGCAAUUCACUAUCUCCAGAUGACUCUACAGCAAAGAUCAGCGCAUAUUAUUCUCUUGUCUUCCCAAACAUCACUUUCUAUCUUCAGACCCUGACUGUAACUAUUGGACGACGUUGCAUACCCAACGCUUCUACAUCUGCCGGCGACAACAGUCCUGUUGAUGUCGAUUUGGGACCCCUCAAGAGUGUAUCCAGGCUCCAUGCAAAGAUCGAGUACGAGGAGGACGAGGAGCGCUUUGUUCUCGUCGUCGUUGGUAGAAACGGCGCUUGGGUGGACGGUGUUUGGUCGGGCAGCGGUAGUAGGGUUCCUUUGGGGGAAAGGUCCCAGAUUCAGAUAGCUUCGAGGACUUUCCAUUUCGUACUCCCACCCCCUCCAGCGCCGGAGGACUCGCCAUCCCCGAGUUCAAAUUCAUCAGUGCAGCGCGCGCGGUCGCCCUCUGUCGAUAUUACGUCUAUAUCGCCACCUUCCUCUCUACCCUCGAAUUCACCGCCGCCCGUCUCCGUACCGAUUCCGCCACCAAAGUCACCCGACCCACAACUCCCAAAUACGAACAGUAUAUCCAGGGCAAAGAAUGCGCCCAAGAAGCGCAAGAAAUCAGACCUUGCGCUUAUACCAAAGCCGGAGGUCAUGCCCCCCAAACCUCAAUUUACCUACGCUCAACUCUGCUAUCGAGCUAUCAAGGCGAUGGGCGGUAAGGCAACACUACAGGAUAUAUGUUCGUGGAUGAUGGAGAAUUAUGACUGGUAUCGGUACAACGAGGGUGCAGGGUGGGAGAACUCUGUUCGACAUAAUUUAUCUUCCGGCCGUGCGUUCAAGAAGAUGGAGAGGAGCUCCGGAGAGCGCGGGAAGGGGUUUUAUUGGUCUGUGGACGAACAGUAUGAACACACCUUCGAGGAGCAGGAAGCCAGAUCACAAGCUGCAUCGUCAAGUACGGGUGGUAAAGACGGAAAGGGCAGGAAGAAGGAGAAGGCAACGCCUCUAGAACCUGCACUCAAACGCAGCGUCAAGGGCGACAUCAAAGGCGUCACUCUUCCGCCACCGUUAACAUCCAUGCCGCUGCCGUUCAAGUCAACUAAUUCCUCUACACUGCAGUCAAACCCGAUGACAACAGCCCCUCUCACGAGUCCUUUCACAACCACACCUAAGAUCAAGACAGAGCCUCUCAUGGCACCCAAACUCGUUUCAACAAUACAUCCAGCACCAGGAGCCGCAUCUCCACAUGUGGCUCCUGCACUAGCAGCGACUCCUUCAUCAGAAUCUUCCGCAUGUGCGGCAUCUAGCGCUGCAUCUGCACCCUUCUCAGCAUUACCAGCAUCUGUUUGCCUACCCAUCAUCGUCGGGCCUGUUCCUCCUUCGCAUCCUUCAUCCUCAAACCCUGAGCAAGCACAACCUAUUAUUCUUCAUAACAAUACCCUUAUACUGUCUCCCACAAUCUUUUCACAUCUGUCUCCAGAGCAGCUCCGAGAGCUCGAGGCGCUUGGCGCCCAGAAGGCACUAGAGAUUCUACAAGGCCAUAUCGUGCGAUAUCUCAAGGAGAAAAUGACGCGCGGACGCGGACGGGCCAAACGCGCAAGAGGCGGCCGUGGAGGUACACCCGGGUCUCGUGACAACAAAGCGCCCCCGCCAGGUGGGCCAUUUACCACUGCGCCGCUCCCAUCACGGACGCCUCAACCAGCGACAGUGCCGGAUUUCAGCAGUGCCCAGACCCAAGCACCAGCCGCCCAUCCACCGACCGCUGAGAGCGUUCCUCUCAGUAUCGCGGAGAAGCCUCCCGUGCCUGUGCCAAUCACCUCACCCAUACCUCCCCCUCGCAGCGAGUCUCCUAUCAUUGUUGUGGACGACAUUGACUCGGCUGAUGAGGGCCCGGCAAUGAAGAAGCGGCGGAUAGACAUGGCUUGUUAG